AUGGCCAUCCAAGAAGUUGAUUUUGAGAGCAUUCCCAUUAUUGACUUGUGCACAUUGAAUAGUCCCUGUAUCCAUCAGCGCCACCAACUCAGGAGAGAAAUCGCUCAGGCCUGUACCCAGGUUGGCUUCUUUGACAUCAAGAGUCAUGGAAUUUCCGAUGUGCUGAUCAAUCGUACCUACAAAGCCGCCCAUCAGUUAUUCUCCCUCAGCGAAGAACAUAAGAUGGCAUGCUAUCUGGCGACGUCUGAAUACUUCCGAGGCUAUAGCCCCUUGUAUGGAAAGAAAUCGUCGAAUACCGACCUUGAGGGAGCCACUCAAGACAAGCCCCUUGGGUCUCUUUCCGAGGCAUUCGACAUCGGCUAUGAGCUCUCAGGAGAUCUGCAAAAAGAAGAAAGCCUCCUCCCAGGCUUCCGGGCGACGUACCUUCAAUAUUUUGCCGAAGUCCUCGAGCUUGCCCGAGGAUUGAUGAGGAUCUUUGCGCUGGCGUUGGACCAGGACGAGGGUUAUUUCCAAUCGAUGGUGAAGUAUCCAGGGGUCGCAUCGAGGAUGAUGCAUUAUCCACCUCCGCCCGUGAAGGGGCAGGAGACCCCGGGGCUAGCGGCUCAUACGGACUAUCAAUGCUUCACAGGCCCUAGACCACGUUCCAGCUCUGCAGGUCCUCAACCCUCAUGGGAAGUGGGUAGCGGCACCGCCGAUCCAGGAACAUUAAUUGUGAACAUUUCGGAUUGCUUCGCCUUCUGGACAAACAACAAAUUCAAGUCGACCAUUCACCGCGUGGCCAAUUCGACCGGAGAGGAACGGCAUUCAAUACCAUUCUUUGGCGUUGACUAUGAUACAACUAUUUCCGUCGGAGAGUAUAUACGCGACAAGCUUUCACUAUCUUAUGUUGGACAUGAUGGUGAGGCUGCUGGUGACCGCAUUAAGCUUUAA